AUGGUACCACAACAAGAAUUAGUAUGUUCAUUAGAAUUAGAAUGUUCAAGAAAGUUUGGAAAUUCAAAAUAUAGUUUUUAUUAUCCAAUUCAGUUAGAGAAUUUCCUAAUUACCUGCUGGAAAACUCAAACAAGUGCUUCCACCUCAUCAGAGAAUUUAAUUGUUCCACAACAAUCCUAUACUGUAACUCAUAAAGAUUAUACAAUCAAUUAUAAUAAUAAUAAUAAUAGUAUAAAUAAAAUUAAUAAUAAUAAUAAUAAUAAUACUACAACCGGUUCUGAUCGUUAUUGUUGUACCAUUUAUGAAGAUGGCGAAAUCAUUUUACCAAUUAUUGAUUCAAGAAUGAAAGGUUUCUCUUGGGCCAAGUCAUUUUCAAAGAAAAGUGAUUUCUCUAAAGAAGAAUUGGAAACUUUAUUAAGUGAUAUUUACCAAUUCUGUUGUUUCUCUCUAAACCAUCAAAAUCAUUCUAAUAAUAAUAAUAAUAACAAUUAUCUAAUGACAUCAAUUAUUUAUACACCAACUAUAAUAAAAUCAUCAUCUACACCUUUGGCCACCACCACUACUACUACAACUAAAUUAUUAAAUGGUCUUAUAUUUAAAGAGAUUGCAAUCUAUUUAGCACAUAAUGGAGAUUUUAAAAGUUUAAUAGAGUAUUCAUUAUUAUCAAAAGCAUCAUUCAAAAGGUUUCAAAAUAUAUUAUCAUCACAUUAUCUAAAUAGAUAUAAUUUUAAAUUAACAAUAAAUCAAUUUUUAGAAUAUAUUAAUAAAAAUAAUAAUAAUAACAAUAAUGAAGAAGAAGAAGAGCCAUCAUAUAAAUAUAAAUUAAUUCAAUAUAAAGAAAUUGAAAGAAUUAAAGUACUAAAAUUAAAAGAAAAAGAAGAUGAAGAUUGUAAUAAUGAAAUCAGUAAUACUACUUCAAAUACAAUAACAAUAGAUAAUAAAAUUAAAUUUAAUAAAUUAACAAAUCAAGAAAUUAAAGAUAUUUUAUUAAAAUAUUGUAAACAAUUAAAAAAAGUAACAAUAUUAGAACCAGUUGAACAAGUAUCAAAUAUUAAUUAUGAUUAUAGUUGUAAUGGAUUUUUUAAAGUGAAAAGAUUAAGAAUGUUUUGGGGUCAUCGUAAUCCAUACUCUAUAGAUGAAGAUUACUAUGAGAAUGAAUACUCUUUCAACUAUUUAACAAUGUAUAAACCUAGUAAAGUUUAUAUUGGUGAUAAUAUUCAUUUUAGUAAUUAUUUAGGUAAACUAAAUAAAAUAUUAAAUUGUAAAUCAAUAAAAUCAAUAAAAUUUCAAAAAUAUUAUAUAACACCAUGGGAUUUAAUAGAGAAAUCAAUUAGAUUUAAUAAUUUAAAAUCAUUAACCAUUAGAUUAGAUAUUUUUGAUGAUGAUGAUGAUAAUAAUAAUAAUAAUAAUCAAAAUCCAUUAAUAAUUAAUAAUAUUGAGAAUAAAUUUUAUAAUAAUAAUAAUAAUAAUAAUAAUAAUAAUAGUAAUAGUAGUGGUAAUGGUGAUGGUGGUGAUGGUGGUGCUAGUAGUAGUAGUGAUUGUGGUGGUGGUAUUAAUGAUAGUAUACAUUGUACAGCAAGUAUUAAUAAUAAAACUAUAUGUCAAUUAAUUACAAAUUCACUUUAUAAAGGAUCAAUUCAAACAAAUACUACAAUUAAAAGAUUAAUAAUUAGAGGUUUUGAAGAUUUUAUUUUAAAACAAGAUAGAUAUGAUAAAAAUGAUUUAUCUUCACUACUUCAAGUAAUUGGUUUAAAUAAAUCUUUAAAUACAUUGGGUUUGGAUUUAUUUGAAAUUAUAAAUAGUAAUAAUAAUAAUAAUAAUAAUAAUAAUAAUAAUAAUAAUAAUAAUAAUAAUAAUAAUAAUAAUAAUAAUAAUAAUAAUAAUAAUAAUAAUAAUAAUAAUAAUAAUAAUAAUAAUAAUAAUAAUAAUAAUAAUAACAAUAAUAACAAUAAUAAUAAUAAUAUAUUAUCAUCAUUAUUAGAUAUACCAAAUAUAAAUUCACUUUAUUUUACAAUUUCUAGUUUAGAAUGUUUUCUUUGUCAUUGUAUUGAAAAUUCAAAUAUUAAGAAAUUAUAUAUAACGUUUAGUUUUAUUAAUGAUUGUGAUGAUGAUAGUCAAAAAAGAUAUUUAAAUAUAUUUAAUACAUUUUUAAACAACUAUCAUAGUAGUAGUUGUUCAUUAAAAUUAAUAGUUUUUGAAAAUAUCGAAAAUUCAAGUAAAUAUAAUAAUGAUUUAAAUUUUGAAUUCUCAAUUUUUAAAGAAAGUUUUCAAAAUUUGUUAACUUCAAAUUUAAUAUUGAAGAAAUUUAUUAAUUUAAAAUUUUUAUCAAAAUUUGAAUAA